AUGACUUCCUCGACGCCCCCGGAACAGUUACCAGACCUAGACUCCAGCGAGGUCACAUACCCAGGCUCUGAAAUAUUACCCCAAGCAGCCCCUAUAAAUCCGCAAGAACUCAAAUACGAUAAAUAUGGCAAGAAUCGACAAGGAUGGCGGAGAAUUGUUGUCAACUUUGGGCCUUCAUGGUUCACCGUGACUAUGGGCACUGGCAUCACGUCUAUUCUGCUACAUAACCUACCUUAUCAAGGGCGAUGGAACAAUCCCCGUUGGACUCGCUACUAUAAUCAACAUGAUAGUUUUUAUAUUGUCAUGGCCAUGUCCUGCAACCUUUACAUCCCCCAUUGUAUCAUGCGCACCGAGGGUAUUACACUCGAACAAACAAACCCAACAUGGCUUUUUCCCGUCAUCGCUGACAUUGUCGCAUCUGGCACUGGGGCUAUAGUAGCCAAUGUUCUUCCCAACAACCAACACGCUAUCUGGACUGUUGUCAUCAGCUAUAUUCUCUGGGGAACAAGUGUACCCAUGGCGGUUCUUAUCCUGGCAAUGUUCUACAACAGACUCAUGAUUCACGAUGUGCUCCCAAGCCAAUCUGCUGUGACAGCCUUUAUCGCCAUCGGACCUCUCGGCCAAGGCGCAGCAGCCAUUCAACUACUCGGCAAAGUUGCUCUCAAGAUCUUUGAAAGAAACGACUUCAUCCCCAUGGCACCCAUCGCAGGACAAUUCUUCUAUCUUACCGGCAUCCUCACAGCCCUUAUAAUGUGGGGAUUUGCGAUUGCUUGGCUAUUCUUCGCCCUCGCCACCAUUGUCAGGCGUGAAUUCAAAUUCAGUAUUUCCUGGUGGGCGUUUACUUUCCCUCUUGGGGUCUUUACAGUUUCGACCACUACUUUGGCGCAAGAGCUUCCUUCGCGAUUCUUCAAGGUCCUUGGAACUGUAUUUUCGGUCGUUGAGACUUUACUUUGGAUCAUGGUGGCUUGCAGGACUAUCAAGGCGACCUUGAACGGUGAACUCUUUCAACCACCACCGCUUGAGGCGUGGGAGAAUAAAGUGGUGGAAACGGUAGAGGAUGAAAAGGUUGAAGAUUCUCCCGCUUAG